AAGCAAUUCAGUCAUUGUAGUGUGCUUGCUGGGGAGAUAAUAAAUCGAUCAAAAUGUAUGUUCGGCUAUUAGUGGUAACCUUUCUAUAUUUCUGUGGAUUUUGUGAAACUCAAGAUGUUGCAGCUUCGUUUAACAAUAACCUUUUGACCUGGGAGGAAGCAACCUCUAACUGUACCCUCCUUGGACCAAGUGUACAAGGGAUUUUACAAAAUGCCAAAAUUUCGUCAGAGGAGAACAACAAUAAGGCCUGGAUUGGCGCCUACAGGGGACAUACUCAGUGGCUAAAUGUCAGAGGUUGUUAUACGGUAUAUACAGCACAACUGCCCUUUGCCAGUAGAAUUCCACUGCACAGCAGUGAUCCGGUGGGUAGGUGUGUGGAAAGCUGUCCCGCCUCUACUAUCUACGGCUUAUCGGAAAAUUUUUGUUUAUGCAUCUCCUCCUUGCCGCCGCUUGUGACCAAAUGCACAGCUCGCCUUUGUAAUGGAUCAACAACUGAUUUCUGUGGUGGAACUUUAACUUUUGGAAAUUUAGCAACCACAGAUAUCAUGUUCUACACAACAAACACCCAAAUGCAAUCAUAUGUACCAGGGGAAUUGCAAUGCGUUCAGGGUCAACAGAGCCGUGCGGGUGAAGAUGACGAAUUGACGACGUCAUAUACCUCCGUCACCACGCGCUGUGAUCAGUUAGUGGCCAGUUAUGUGUGUCACACUGGAACAGUUGAUGUAUUUUACACAUCCAAUCUACGGAUGAACUGGUCAGAGGCAGUGCUGGAGUGCAGCAGACUCAACUACAGAAUCGCUGAUACUUACUUCUUCCCUGGGGUACUAAAUCCAUCGCGUCUAAUUCUCUUCUGGGUUGGAAUUUUUCGCAGAGAAUUCACAAAAAUCGACACCGUUAUUCCCAAUAAUCCACAAAUAUCUACCUUGUGUACGGCUGUGACUGUUAAUUCAGAUGGGACUAUGAACAUAUUCAACGAAAACUGUGGCCAGCGCUUGCCAUCCUGGUGCGAAGUCCAACAGACAAGCACACAGCCAACAAGCACAACUAGUGUAAAGGGAAUUCGAAUAAUUACGAGACCCCUUCCACCUGAAGGUGAAAACCACAUUGUUACUAUUUUUGUACCUCUGGGGAUGUUUGCUCUUGUUGUUCUAGUUAUUGCAGUCACAGUCUUUAUGCUGAGGAAACAAAUAUCUAAAAGAGCCCGAAAAGCCUGGAUUGAAACUAAGAAUUACAAAAAGCAGAAAGACUGCCUAACGGAAUAUACGGACAAAAAUCAAAAUGCUGGAUCAAAUUACGACCACAUGACAAGAGGUACUCCGGAAGUGCAGGAUUCUGUGCAUAAAUAUGACUAUGCCAAAUUCAAACAAACCAACUCAGACAAGUCGCAGUACACCUCUAUACAUAUAGGAAAAACUACUGAAAGGACCGAUUCCACAUACGAUCACGUGGCUAGACAGAAACCAAACCCAAACAGUAGUAUCUACGACAGAUCGCAUAUCAACCAAUCUAACGUCACAGGUGCAGCAGACGACAAAGAUGCAGCAUAUGAUCAUUUGACCAGACAGGAUCAGAAACCAAAUCUGACCAGUAGUGUUUAUGACAGAUCAGAUUACAAGCAGAACAUUAUUCAUUCUGAUGACGUCACGGGAGAUGCAGAAGACACAGCAUACGACCACAUAGAUAGACGCUCGAGGAAAACAAAGGGGACACACGAUACGUACGACCACAUGGAAAAAAUAUGAAUAAUUGGAAAAUAUAAACAAUUUAUUUGGGCAGCUGCUUAUUCUAGCAAUUAUGAACAAUUGAUUUCAUCAUAUCAUACUCCAAGUUCCACUCUUGCUGCAAAAAUGUAUUCAUGAAGUUACCAAAAUUCAUCACCAUAUUUUUUUCAAUCCUGUAUCUACACAUCAUCA